ACUAUAACAUAGAUAAUUGAAGACCGAAGUUUGCAGAAACUGCGCGAUCUCAAAGGAAGAAAGAGAACUAGGGUUUCCUCAUCCGCAAUCAGAAGAAGACAAAGGCGACAAUGAUUUACGACGUUAACUCUCCUCUCUUCCGAUCCUUCCUUAGCCAGAAGGGAGGCUCCUCCGAUAAGAGGAAAACAGAGGAGCAGAAGCCAAAAGAGCAAAGACCGAAAGCCAGUGAGAACAAACCUGUUAUGACAGAGUGACAGAAGCUGGGUUAUAAGAAUGAAUUAGGGACAUAGGUUGUUGUAUUGGUCCUAUGCGUAUUUGUAUGUGUCACCAGUCACUGGUAAUUGUAAUAGUGAUUAGGGUUGAUAAUCAAGACCUUGUGAGUUGUGAUGGAAACAAUUUAAUGAACUGAGAAGUUAUUUUUGUUUGAAA